UAUACAAAAACAUUUUGAUUCACUAGCUUCAAUUUCAUUUUUCCCCAACAAAAAUUCCUUAAACUUUAAGGAAAAUCUAGUUAUUUCGUUCAUGUAAAUUAUAAAAAAAGUGUGUUUUUUGCAAACUCUUCUAACGGUUUAUGAGUUUGUUAUUGUUUUGAAAAAAAAUAAAAACAAAAUUAAAUCACAAACAAAACUUUGAAAAACUGAAAAAAAUGUGAAAUUUCUUUAAAUGAAAAAGAGAAAAAAUUGUGCUUAUAAAAGAAAACAUUCAUAAAAUAUCAUCAAAGAACAUUUGUUCCCUAGAAAACGCGUUAUUUUUAUAUAAUUUAUUGCCUCGAAGCCCUUUGUAAAUUUGGUGAUAUCUUAACAACAUGGAACGUAAAAAAGUUCUAGAAUUGGAUAAAAUCUGUCGUGUUUGCAUAUGUGAACGCAAAGAUAUGCGACCGCUGUUUAGUGAAAAAGUCGCCGAUAUGCUAAUGGAAUGUGCCAGUGUGUGUGUUAGACCCACUGAGGGUUGGCCCGAUAAGAUAUGUGUACAAUGUGUACAUGCUGUCUCACGUUGUCAUGCCUUUAAAAUGCAAGUCGAACGUAGUGAUAAAGAAUUGCGAGAAUAUAUUAAAUCCUUAACGGUAAGAGUGGUAAUAGAAGAUUCGCCAUCAGCAACGCAGACACCGGCCACACAACAAACCGAAAUGAAAAUGCAUCAAACCACCACUAGAGUGGUGUUAGAUGAAGCUCAAGGUUUGAAACUGCAACAAAGUCAAGCUAAAUUAAUAGCUUUACAGCAGCAGCAACAGUUGUUAAUACAACAGCAACAAGAACAAAAGCAACAGAAGCUAAUACAAAAACAAUUAAAACAGCAGCAGCAGCAACAGGAACAGGAGGAAAAACAACAAAUGUUACUGCAACAACAGCAGCAACAGCAGCAGCAACAACAACAACAACAACAGCAGCAGCAAAUAGUUUUGCAAAAUAAAAAGAAAACUUUGGCCUUAAAUAAACAAAAACAACAGAGUGUGCUUAAGAAACAUCAGCAGCAGCAACAACAACAACACCAGCAACAGCAACAACAAACUAUUGUGAUGCAGCAACAGCAGCAGCCACACAUGAAAACUAUGCAACCACAACAAAAUCCUCAUAUUUUGCAACAACAGAUACUCUCCGACUCCAUUACCGUACAAAAUCCCCGCCUUCAAACCACACAAUCAAUAAUGAGUUCUCCUCCCUUAUUACCCAUUCCCACAACAAACUCCAAUAACACUAAUACACUAGUACCACAUACCAAUACUAGCACCUCCCUGCCACAACAAUUAGUCCUACCAAAUGGACAAAUUAUAACCACCACUCAAAUCCUCACCACUAAUAGCAAUGGCCAACAACAAUUGGCACAAUUAAUCAAUCCACAACCGGCAGCACCACCGCCGGUUACUCAGCAUCAAACACAAUUUGCUCCCCAGUUGAUACAGACGACAAGUGGUCAAACAUUGCAACUGAUACAGCAACCAAAUGGUCAGCAAAUCUUGCAAUUGGUGCAUAUUGUUCCUCAUCGUUCCGUAGUGGGAACGGGAGGCAAUUCAAAUACCACCACCAUACUCGAUGAUGAACACAUUACCAUGGUGGAUGAAGAAACGCUAAUGGAACAGACUGAACAACAUCUCAUCGAUGAUGAUGAAGUGGAUGAUCAAGGGAUGGGUGAUGGGCAAAGAGAACAAAUCUGUGAAACCAUAGUGGUGGAUGAAGAACAAAUGCAAGUACAUCACGGCCAGCAUCAUCAUCAUCAGUUGUUGCAACAAAAUGAAGAUCUGGAAUAUCUGGAUGAUAUAACAGUGACCACAUCACAACAGCAGCAGCAGCAACAUCAUCAGCAGCAUCACCAUCAUCACUCCCAGCAUCAACAACUGAUACUACAGGAUGUAACAGUGGUGCAUGAGGUCGUUGAUGAUGAUGAUCCAGAUGAUGAUCGUGAUCAUGAUGAUAUAAUCGAGGAGAUACACAUGGAAGAAGAGAUGCUGGAUGAUGAUAAUACUGGCGCUGUUCUUUUAGAAACCUCAAAUGGUUCUGAUUUCAUAACCGAUGAGCAGCUCGAACAGCAUCAACAAUUGCUGGCCUCUGUAGAGGAAGAUGAAGAAUUAUGCCAACAACAGCAAGAUAUGGCAGAGCAUGAAAACUCUUUGGCUCAAUACACCAUAGUGGAACACUGUGUGGGAGAUGAAGAUGAUGCCGAUGCCUUAGAGGAAGCCGAAGUUAAUGCUGUUCUUCAUGCAGCCUGUGGUGGUGGUAUUAUCAAUGAAAAUGAUGACAUGAUGACGGGAGAAACAACACAGAAAACUGUUAGCAACUCUAUGACCACCAACACUACGACAACAACGGCCAACACACCCUCAAAGAAAGCCCGUCGAGCAGCUAAUACACACACUAACAAAUCCUUAGCAUCUUCGCGUCUGCUGCAAGCAACCGCCAAUUCUAUAGCCGCAGCUGCUGCCCUCGAUGAUGACACCGAAAUGGAUUCUAAAAUUAUAGCCGAAUUUAUUAAUCAACAGACUUCCGUUCUAGGAACAGGACGCUACAAGUGCAAUCUAUGCCAACAGGAAUUUAAACAAUUCAAAGGGCUACACAAUCACAUGCAUUCGCAUUCCAAUUGGAUACGAGCGAAUUGUAAGAAACAACCACAAUGUGAAAUUUGCCACAAGACCUUUAAGGGACCGGGUAUGUUGCGUAUGCAUAUGAAAACCCAUCAAUCGGCAGCCAAAAUACCCACCUGUCAUAUUUGCGGCAAAACUUUCAAGUCCAAGGCCAUACUCUAUCGUCAUCGGCACAUACAUCAACAGCGUUCGUUUGCCUGUGCCAUAGACAAUUGUCGCAAACACUUUUCAAGUGCUGUCACUCUAAAGGCUCACGCUGAACGUAAACAUCCACAAACGUUAAAUGUGCCCAAAUUUAAAUGUGGCGAAUGCAAUAAUCUUUUCUUUGAUGUAGAAGAUUUACAGGAACAUGUACAAAUAACCGGUCAUGGUGGUGUCAAUAAUGGCAAUACUUCGGGCAAUUCCUCACAUGAACUAAAUCUCUCGAAUGAACAAAACGAUGGUGAUUCCGGUCAAGGCACACAAACGGUCACCAUGCAUGAAGUGGUCAAUAGCAAUGGUGAUGUUUUUAUAGUUACGCAGGCGUAGUUUUAAACUGUAAAUUAAAUUCAUUUGUUGUCUUUUAAUUUUAAUUAGCGGUUUCUUUCUCCUUUUCUCUCAUUAGAAUGGGAAUUUUAUUGUUGUUUAAUAUAAUUAAUUUAUAGAUUUGAUCACAUUAUAAUAUUAAAAAUCUGUGCAAAUAAUUUUUAUAUUAUAAAAAAUGUAUAUAGUUAUUGUAUGUACUUAGUUUAGGUACUCGUUUAUAAUUAAGAAGUUUUUUAAUUAAUUAACACUUUUUUUAUUUUUCAGUUUUUUUUUUGGCAAUAAAUCAAAUAAAAAGAAAUUAUUUUUAUAUAAAUACGUA